GAAUAGGACAAGUUCCAGCUAAUGCAACAAACGUUGUAUCUACUCCUGAUGGUGCAUAUAUUGUUGCAUUUGUAAAAGAAACGCCACAGAAUGUUGAUUCUUCUGAAAAUAAUUCUGAAAUUAAUUCUGAUACUGAUAAAACUACGAAUACUACAAAGGCCACAGAAAAAUAUUUUGCGUAUAUAUAUUUCUGUGCUAGUUUUGGAAAACUUGAUUCAAAAAAAAGAUCUCUGGGACAAGUAAGAUUGUCUGAUACUACUCAAGAUGCAAACUUUUCUAUUGUUGAAGGAAAAAACACAAACUUUACGAAAGAUGUUCACAAAGGAGAAAGUCUCGUAUUAUCUGGCAAAAAAUAUAAUGUAUUUGAAAUUCUUUUGGAUACAACAUUAAAGAUUUCUAAAUCUUUUCAACCAGCAAGCAAUGAAGCAAUAGAAUUUAUGAUUGAACAAAUCCUAGCGGUCUCAUUGAUGCUUACAGAUUAA